AUGCAUGUGCCAAUGCAUCCCGGUGCCAGAUGGAAAAAUUGGAAGACAGAGAUGGGUCGAUUCAACACCUGCAUGCAGCUUGUGGUUGCGGCGGCAAGCACGCAGAGUGAGCAAUGCUUGGCAUGCGGCGUUCGUUAUCUGAAGGACGUGAAGAUCAGGGAUUUGACAUCUACGGCUGCGCAGAAAAUAUUUCAGGACAAGCUGGCUGCACCUUUGAUUGAAGCCAUUGGCCAGUACUUCGAGCUGCCCAAGGAGAAUGUGACCGUAGAUGAUGCCUUCAUUGUGCGAUACGCGACGGAUUCACAAAGAGGUUUGGCUUUCCAUCGCGACGGGUCGAUCGUGAGUUCAAUCGUCACCCUUUCAAAUGAGUCUGACUAUGUGGGAGGUGGCACUGAGUUUAUGGACGGCAGCGUCUACCGUCCAUCCCAAGGUGGUGGGAUUCUCUUUGGGGGACAGCGCCUGCACGGUGGGGUGGAAAUUGUACGCGGAGCACGCUACAUUUGCACGAUUUUCUUCAAGUGUGGUGGGCUCAGCUGCCGCGAUUUGGCGGUGAAAAAGGACAAGGAGGAGGAGGGAGAUCCCGGCAUUUGGGGCGCCAUUGCGAAUAUCAUGGGCGUCGGCCAAUGA